AUGUCUAUGUCUAGUCACUCCUCCGGUUCGGGUUCAUCACAGUCGGGACGGAAAAGGUACUCCAUGAAUACUAUUGAGUCCAGUGUCACGAGAUUAUUGGUAUCCACUAAACAUCUCUUGGAGAGUUUAACUCAAUGGGCUCGACAAGAGGCUGAUGAUAAAUUUGUAUCUGAUGCUUAUGUUAAAUUGGGUAAUGAUUUCCGUGCUGCUACUAGAGUUCUUAGUAGUAAUGGAGUAGAUGUUUCUGAUAUUGGUGAUGUUCCACAGGCUCUCAGAAUCAUUCUAGAAGCUGCCCUUAGUGAACCUCCUAGUCAAGACAAUCUUGAUCGAUUUCUCCCCAACAUUCGAAAUAUCAUAGUAGCACUUUUGCAGAAUUUGAAAACCAAACAAACACAAGCAAAGGCUCUUAGUCAGGAAUCUCUGAGUCGUAGGGAGUCCAGGUCACUUCCUCAAGAGAAAGGGAGUCGAGAAACUUUACCACCUCCAGCGGUUCCAACGCCUCAGGCUCAUACUACUACUCAUUCUACCACGCAAACUGCUGCUCCAAUUCCAAUUCCAAUUUCCACUCCAACCAUAACUACAACUCCACCUGCAGCACCUUCACCUUCUACUAAAACUCAUACGCCAUCUCCGGUUAAAGAACCAAAUCCUAGCAAUGCGUUAUCUCAGCUCCAGAACGGGAACGCCAUGCAACGGCGUGCAUCGAAGCGAUUCAGCGCAUACCAAUACGCUAAACUUACCAAUGUAACUCCAUCAUUACCCCGAAUAGUAUCUUCUGAUAGAUCUAUAUUAGAAAAGGAAGCAGAGAAAUCUUUCGAUUCCAAAGAUUUGGCUGAAACAUCUACUAAUAGCAGAAGAAUCAGUAAUAUUGGUACAAGUCUGCCUAUAAACGAUCCAACAUCAGCAAACAUAUUCCUCAGAAUAAAUGCAAAAACUAAGAAAGUCAAUGUUAAAUUACCUGUUUCAUUUGCAUCUUUGAGACUAUUAUUUGUAGAGAAAUUUGCAUAUUCUCCAGGUAGUUCAUCAUUUCCUGAUAUAUACAUUCAGGAUCCAAAAGCUGGAAUAUCAUAUGAGUUAGAAGACCAUAUGUUAGAUGAAGUCAUAGAUGGUAGUGUGUUAUCUUUGAACGAACCAGAUCCUCAAGUUGCUGUAAUUAGAAAUAUGGAAGAAAGAAUCCAAGACUUAUCAAUUAAAUUGGAAGCCAUUGGCCCCAGCAUUUCACGAACUAUUAAGGAAGCAAUUAGUCUGAUUGAAAUACCUCCUCCUGCUAUAAUUCCAUCACCUGAAGCUAAUGAUAAGAAUGUAAAUAAUAGAAACCAUGAUUCGAUAGAUGUUAAAGAUCUUCUACUGAUAAAGAAUGAAUUAAAAGCCAUUAAACAAUUACAAAGUAAAUCUGGAAGAAAUAUUAAAGAUACUGUAACUGAGAUUACUAAAGAAAUCAGUAAUUUCCAAGAGGCUGGUCUUGAAAUUUCUAAAUCAUCAAACAGAUCUUAUAUGGAAUCCUGUCAUUUGAAAUUAUCUGAAGAAUCAGAUGUAUUACUUACAAAAGUAGAUGAUUUACAAGAUCUUAUGGAAGCAUUAAGGAAAGACGUAGCUCAAAGAGGUGUAAGAGUUAGUGAAAAACAAUUGAAGAAUACUUUCAAAGAAAUUGAUGAAGCAAAGGAAGAUUUACAUAAGAUGAGUACUUACAUCACUAAGGAAAGAAGUGUAUGGAAGAAAAUAUGGGAAUCUGAAUUGGAUAAAGUUUGUGAAGAACAACAAUUUUUCAAUCUUCAAGAUGAUUUAACCAAAGACUUGGAAGAAGAUCUUAAGAAGAUUGAAGAAACAUUUGAUUUAAUUGAGCAAUGCUCUCUUGAACAGACUAAGCAAACAGCAUAUAAGCGAAAUAAGGUAGUAGCUCAAUUAUAUAUACCAGAGCCAGGUGAAAGCAUCCAUAGUCUAAAAGAAGCAGUUCUAAGUGAAGUACAAGCCUUAAAACCCGAUCAUGAAAGUAGAGUAGAAGCUAUUGAAAAAGCAGAACGAUUAAGGGAAAAGGAAAGAGAAUUAAUGAAACUUUCAAAAUUCCAAGAAGAAUUAGGAGACUUUGUUGAUGAUAAGAAGUUCAAAAAUUCAGGAGGAAUUGAAGAACUUGAGAGAAUUCGUCAAUUAAAAGAUGACGAAAAUCUUAAGAAUUCCUUUGGAGUAAUUUAG